AUCUCUGGUUAUUCGAGUAUGUAUCCGAGAUUGUUUCUAACGCAUAUCUGCGUUGAUGUGGAACAUUACACACAGCAGGCUUUUUCGGUGUGAUCUCAAAUAUUUAAUUAAUUUUGAAUAGAUAAAAUGCAGUGAAUUCCAAAUCUGAAGCUUUACCAUAACACGGGGGAGGGUAUAUAUGGGUCAAAUUCAUGGCCAAGACUAGUGAGUUUUGUCUGGUAAUUCGAUCCGAAUAUUAGGAGGAAGUGUGAAGUGGUGAAUUUUUCAAGUUGAUUGCUCCCUUAGAGUUUAUAUGAAACACAGUAACUUUGAUUUUUCAAAUAUUAGUGGGUGUUAAAAAUCGGGCGAAAAAAUGCCAAAGAGCGGAUCGAAAUAUCAACAAUAUGCAACGCUUUGUGUUAAUCUUUUAACGAUUUGUUAUGGAGCGUUCGUUGGAUGGUCGUCAGCAGCCUUCCUACUGUUUCAAUCUGAAGAUUCGCCAUUGGAUGGAGGCCCUCUUUCAACGGCUGAAGUAUCAUGGGUUGGUUCUAUAUUAUGUGUUGGAGGACUUCUUGGUACAUUCCUUUUUGGUUGGAUGUCAGACAGAUUUGGUAGAAAGAAAUCCUUGUUGUUUGCUGUUAUUCCACAAUUGUUGAGUUGGCUGUUCAUUGUAGUAGGAAACAGUUUCUUCUAUCUAAUGAUCUCACGUAUAAUGGGAGGUAUAUGUGCAGGAGCAAUUUUCAUCUUAGUACCCAUCUACGUCCACGAAAUAGCUCAGGACCGAAUUCGCGGCGCACUUGGUACAUUCUUCUCCUUUUCCUGCAACAUUGGAAUACUCACGGCCUAUGUUCUCGGGAACUAUAUGAGUUACAAUACAAGUCCCUACAUUUUCAUAGGUGUGACCGUACUCUACUUUGUUUUGCUGUUGUUCCUACCUGAGUCUCCUAUCUAUCUAAUGAAGAGACAAAAGGAACAGAAAGCUGAGCAUUCCCUUCGCUAUUUCAGGAAUAUGAGAAAGAUUUCACAGCCUCCAGAUUUCUUUAAAGACGAAAUAGAGAAGCUAAGAAAUGAUUACAUAGACGGGAACACCAAGGGCGAGGAGCCUCCAUUAGACUGGAAAGAUUUGAGUAACCCAGUGGCAAGGCGUGUUAUAAUAAUUGGUGUUUCCCUGAUGGCUCUUAACCAAUUCUGCGGAUGUUUCGCGAUCAUCAGCUACACAGCAACUCUAUUUGAACAAUCUGGCUCAUCCCUAAGUCCCAACGUUUCAACUAUUAUUGUGGGAAUCCUCCUGCUAGUAGGGGCAUAUGUUUCUACCGUCCUUGUAGACCGAGCAGGUCGUAGGUUGUUACUAUCACUAUCCGCCGUGGGAACAGGAGUCGGGGAAGCUUGCUUGGGGCUGUAUCUCUACUGUAAAAUACUCGGAUAUAAUGUUGAAGCUGUAAACUGGCUCCCAAUUGUGAGCAUCUCGUUUGUUAUAUUCGUCGCAUCCUUGGGGGUAUUGACUUUGCCUUUUGUCGUCCUGGCGGAGAUAGCGCCACCGAAAAUUCGUGGUGUAGCCGUUUCGUUGUGUAUGAUUACGUUUUGGAUAUUUGCUUUCUUGAGUAUUAAGUACGUUCCAAUCAUGAUGGUGUUCCUUGGACUGCACAGCUGCAUGUUCAUAUUUGCAGCUUGUUGCUUUGUUGGAGCUGCUUUUAUUCUAUUUUAUGUGCCGGAGACCAAGGGUAAAAGUUUAGAAGCUAUACUCGCCUCUUUCGAAGGAAGAGCACCUGAGCUCGUGGAGCUGAAAUAGAGUAGAGUUCCUGAAUACCCAAUUGUACUAUAUGGAGCUGUGAAGCAACUAGGCGUAUAAGGCACUUUCUUUUUGAAAGUAUUACCUUAUAUUUCGUAUAAAUUAUAUGGAAAUGCGACUGAAGACACUAACAGUCCACUUAAGGGAUGAAAUAUGAAGAUAUGGGUGUCCCUUUUUAGGAUUUUUUUUGUAAAAAGUGAUCUUUACAAUAUAUAAUAGUUUUCUUAUUGAUGUUAGCUUAAGGGUUCAGUUUCUUUUGACUGCAAAUCUGAUGAAGAUUUUUUUAUUUGCCUAUAAAUAUUAAGAAAUUAUGGCCCAUGAUAACUUCUUUGACAUUGUAAAUAAAAAAAUUUAAAUCUUA